UUUAUGGCCAAGCUUUUCUCUCGGCGCGUUUGCCAAGCUGCGCGUGUCUGGGUGGUGCAGGCCACCAGUCCGACCCCCGAGAUGUGAGCGAUGGCAAUUCAUGGCGCUACGGCUCCAAAGGAGCUUUGUGAGCCCUCAAAGACUUCUGAUGGAGAGGAUCCUCAGCUUGGCCAAGGAGGACGUUCUUGCCGAGAUUGCAACAUUCAAAAGUUGAGAGAUGACUCGCCCCGAGAUCAAGCCCCAUCCCUCGUGUUCCCGGAGAUGUUUGGCCUCCAUGGGACCACUACAAUGGCAAACAGAUGUUGUUUCCUUCCGGGUGAUGAAUGUCGCACGGGCCAAGAACUCUUGCAGCGGAUGGAUCUGGCGGAUUCACAGAGGUGUCUCCGUGGGAUCCUCUUCAAUUCUCGUCCGACUGCACAAGCUGAUGUGAAUGCUGACGUCCCACAAGAAACAGAGGAUACUUGUCCGGCAGAUCUAUGUGGACCACCACGUCCUGGCUUCAUCAAUAUCAGUAUCGGUGAGGCCUUUGCAGAUGCAGCUGUCCAACCACUGGCUGAUAUGCACCAGAUCCCACAAGAACGCGACUGUGUGCAAGAUGGCACGUGUCAUAGUGUUAUCUCAGUCGACUCGACAGGUGCCAAGUCAAACAGCAUACUGGCGCUCAAGCUUGAGAAGAAGGAUGGUGAAAAUGGGGAAGAGGAUGCAAACCUGCUAAGUGGCAAAGCUGUGCUUUGCCUGCAGAGCUGGUGUAGUGACCGUGAUUCCACGUGGUGGCAGAUCAUUGUGACAAUUUGCUACAUGACAGGUUUUGGGGUAAGCUUGGCGUUGGUUGUGCUUUGGGCAUAUGUGGCGUUUCCCUUCCAGAAGCCAGAGAUGGGGUUUGGGCAAAAUUGGAUGUUCAACUUUGUGGCGCACCCGGUUGCAAACUACAUUGUCGCUCGAGCGCCUGUCUCAUGGUUUCUGAGACUCGUCUCUUGGGAUUUGGAGAGUAGACCCAGUUUGCAAAAAGCACGAAGGCCAGACAUUGCAAGGCGCAUCGACAGGUCUUUGCAUUGGGCGCCGAUGGUGGACUCCGUGUGGUGUGCCUGCGAGCAUGCGCUCUUCUCCUUGGGCAAUGUGUAUCCCGUCCCGUUUUCUGCAAUUAUUUCGUGUAUCCCAGCAGCGUUCGUGAGCGUGGGAGUUGCGUACCUGGUUCUCCCUGCAGAGGUGCGGGCACUCCAUAAUACGAGCAAUUCCUUGAAGUUUGCGACGUGCUCUUGGGCAAGAUUAUGCGCUUUCUAUGGAGUGAUGCUGCUCUACACAGCAUUCUUUGGCGUAGUGAAACCUGAAAUCCAAAUGGUUAUGAGCCUUUCAGUUGCUGCAGUGGAGGCAUUUGCGAUAAAGAUGGCUGCACCAUUGGGUGUGCGUUGGAAUGUGCCUCCGCAAAUAAUACAGGAGAUGCGAACCUCGAUGAGGCUUCCUGUGAUCAUCUUCAAAGCAAUGAUCCUUUCAGAAGCCAAAGGUAUUUGGGUUCUUGUCACUAUGAUUCUGCCAGAAGCUUCACAGGUGGGAGGUUCAUUCCUGAUCGUCUUGUUCGAUCUUUCAUCAUACAAGAGCGAGAUUGAAAAGCGAAGAAUGAGGUCAAGCCAGCAGUUCAAGCAAGGCUUCAUGGGUGUUCGCCACAACCUGAUGCUACUGCAAACGAGGAUCAGAGACAUCACCCAAAGAUGCAAGACAAUGAAAAAGCAAGACCUUCAAGAUGCCGUUUUGGAGGCUGGACGAGUGACUUUUUGAAGGACGUCUCGUACAAAGAGUGACCUGGUCGCACGAAGAUGUCUACUUGCUGAAUGCAAUCACUAGCUCGUUCUCGGCGAUUGUCAUGUUGGAAGUAUGCGAGGUCAUGGCGCCAGCUAUCUUCAUCUUGCUCCUACUGUGUUUGCGAAGCAACACUUUCUUAGGACAGAACAGUGAAUACUUUGUGGGUUUGGCGGACGCCAAUGUUGAAGAUAGCCUCAUCCGGAACGGCUACAGUUUUUUGGUUGAAGCAUUCGUCCUUCUUAUGACGGAUGUGUGCAUGAGGGCUGUAGUCGGAGUGAGUUUCCUCAGCUUCAUCCACUUGGUUCUUCGGUGUGAUUUUAGCUUUUGGCUGAGUACCCUCUCCAUGGCAUACGUCGCUUGGCUGACCAUGAUGGUCGAUCACACGGGCCAUGAUCUGAAAUUUCAGUUUCUUUGGUUGCCAUGAAAGGCGUUCGGUGGAACAGCGGCCAUGCUUUGUUCCGGUUGCUGGUGAUGUUGAUUGAACACACUGUGGCCAUUUUCUUUAACAGACUCUAACUUCAGUUCCCAUAUCUCAUAGUUGGAUCCCGCGAUUGAGGUAACCUCAUCGCACAACAUGUAAUUAUAUAGCCGGCAGCACAAUUGUACUAGUGGGAAGCCAACAUUUUCGCAAUGCUAGGAAAAGUGCAGAGCAGGUCUCAAGUGCCACGGUUUGGGAUGGAACCUUGGAAAAAAAGUGGGAUGGCAGUGACAUGUCAAGUUUUACUGGAGAGAAGGCUGGAUAUUACCAUAUAUAUAUAUAUAUUAGUAUGUGUACGUAUGUCCAUAUAUUUGCUUGGAUUGUUUCGGUUUCACUGCAAAUUGAAGUUUAGAGGGCUAGCAAUUGAUUUCCCUCAGAACAAAGAGAUUCAUGAGCAGUGAAGGAAUAGGCAGAUGAAUUCGCAAGGAGUUUGUGCAACGCUGCGAACUAUCAUCAUCAUGAGUCGCCAGGCUGUUUGAUUCGACCGUGACAAGUCCCGAUCGUUGAAGUGAGCAAGAAAGGGUUAGUCAUGGUUGGUCAAAACUCCAACACUCAACAAGGCUGGUAUACUGUAAUUGGAUCGCCCAUUUGCCAUCCCC